CGUGUCACUGUGGCUUGCCUCCUCAUCAGUAUGACUCUGCUGUACUGUCUGUCUACACUACGGAUUAACUUCAGUCCACCAGAGCUCCCAGUGCCUCUCUCCUGUGCUCCUCAACCAGGCCAACACAACACCCAGUCAUCCACCAAUGGCAGACAGCAAGACAAUAACAUCUGUGUUCCUAAAGUGGACCUCAUGUUUAUGAAGACCCAUAAAACUGGAAGCAGCACCUUCAUCAACAUCCUGUUCCGCUUUGGAGAGAAGCACAAACUCAAAUUUGCCUUCCCCAGCAGCCGAAACGACUUCUUCUACCCCUCACCUUUUCAGCAUACGUACGUUCAAGGCUUUAAAUCUGGAAUGUGUUUUAAUGUCAUUUGUAACCACAUGCGUUUCGAUGCGUCCGAGGUGGCCAAAGUGAUGCCUAGAGACACCUUCUACAUCACCAUCCUGCGAGAUCCUGCAGAGCUCUUUGAGUCGUCCUUCCAUUACUUUCGUCAUGUUGUUCCUCUGACCUGGAGGAUACCAGGUGAAGACAAGAUGUCCGAGUUCCUGCGUGAUCCCAAACUCUACUUCAGCCCAAAUGGAAUUAACUCCUUCUACCUGAAGAACCUGCUCUUCUUUGACUUUGGGCAGGACAACACCCUGGAUCCAGAUGACCCCCGUGUAGAGGAGAGCAUCCGGCUCAUUGGUGAGCGUUUUCACUCGUUCAUACUAAUGGAGCACUUUGAGGAAUCACUCAUUCUGCUCAAGGAUACUCUCUGCUGGGAGAUGGACGACAUCCUCUUCUUCAAGCUCAACUCCCGUAAGGAAUCCACUGUAUCUAAAAUGAGCCCAGAACUGAGGGCAAAGGCCUUGCAGUGGAACGGUGUUGACUGGAAGCUUUACAAACAUUUUAACCUGACCUUCUGGGAGAAAGUGGAGGCUUACGGAAGAGAGCGUAUGGCAAAGGAUGUGGCAGAGCUCAGGAGGAGGAAUGCAGAGAUGGUGGAGAUCUGCAUUGAGGGAGGUCACUCUGUUGCCGCUGGAAACAUUCAUGAAGACGCCAUGCAGCCGUGGCAGCCCAUCGGAGAAAAGUCCAUCAUGGGAUACAACUUGAAUAAAAAUAUAGACAAAGCCUAUGAGCAGUUGUGCCGAAAGAUGUUGACCCAAGAAAUUCAAUAUCUGACAGACUUGGGCGCUAACCUGUGGCUCACUAAGCUGUUGGGACAUGUGAGGAAUAUCAUUAACUGGUGA